AGAGUCCACCACUUGCAUUAAUCCAUCUCACGUCCCCAACUCACCUCACCUCACCUCCCACAUCACCAAACGAUUCCCAUGGCGGCGCGAUGGGCAUGGGGAUCCGCCGCCGCCGGAGGAGUGGCGGGGCGGUCUAAGUUCCUCGGGCAAGUCUCGCAUUACCUCAUCCGCUACGCAACCUGGAUCCCGCCUCUCAUCUGGUUCAACGAAUAUGUGGCUCAGGUCACCUCCAUCCGCGGCCCAUCCAUGUAUCCUUUCCUAAAUUCACAGUACAACGAAUCACUCCGCCAAGAUCUGUGUCUGGUCUGGAAAAUGUAUGCGCAGGAGGGGUUGAGGAGGGGGAUGGUUGUCACGUUCAGGAACCCUUACAACCCCAAUAAAACCACAGUUAAGCGCAUCAUCGGCCUGCCGGGCGACGUCGUCAAAACGAAGCCACCGUACCCGUACGAGCAUGCCGUCGUGCCCGACGGGCAUCUCUGGGUAGAGGGCGACGGCGACAAGAGCCUGGAUAGCAACUACUACGGGCCCAUUUCGGCGCGGUUGAUUACGGGUCGGGUUACCCAUAUUCUGGCGCCGUGGGAGAGGGCCGGGCGUGUGAGGUGGUGGGAGCACCCGUUGAGGACGGGGGUGCAUAGGGCAGCGUAGCGAAGGGGUGGAGUGGGUGAAAGUGGGUGAACUCUGGAUGGGCCGGGUCACUCGGGUGUGGCAAGGGCAAGGGAUAGGCUUGUAUCAUAAAUUUUCGUUGUACAUAUAAAGCUCGGAGUCUGGCUUUGUAUUUCAAGGGCAGCCAGGUUUCGCGCUGGUUUGUAAAUUUCGAAAUCUUGUUGAAUCUCGUCGGGCAAAUCGAUGUACGAGUACAAAGUCCAGGGUCCAACCCAGGGUUAUUGCUGGGAACUCAAAACUUCCAUCA